AUGAGUCGAGCUGUAAAUCGAGUUUUUGUUAUUGGUGUUGGCAUGACCAAGUUUGAAAAACCAGGUCGACGAGAAAAUUUUGAUUAUCCAGAUAUGGCUAAGGAAUCUGUUACAAAUGCUAUUAAAGAUGCUGGAAUAUCAUACAAAGAUUUUGAACAAGCUUUUGUUGGUUAUGUUUAUGGUGAUAGUACAUGUGGUCAACGAGCUCUUUAUCCACUUGGUAUGACUGGUUUACCAAUUAUCAAUGUCAAUAACAAUUGUUCUACCGGUGCAUCUGCCUUAUACUUAGCUUCGAAACAUGUUGCAGGAGGUUUAGCUGAUUGUGUAUUAGCACUUGGUUUUGAAAAAAUGCAACGUGGUUCAUUAACAUCACAAUUUAACGAUCGUACAAAUCCAAUGGACAAACAUAUUGAAUCAAUGACAGAAAAAUAUGAUUUUGAAAGUGGACCAGCUGCUGCUCAAAUGUUUGGUAAUGCUGGUCGUGAUUAUAUGAAAAAAUAUAAUGUUUCACCCGAUGUAUUUGCUAAAAUUGCUUGGAAAAAUCAUAAACAUUCCGUAAAUAAUCCAUAUUCUCAAUUUCGUGAUGAAUAUUCUUUAGAACAAAUCAAAAACUCACCAAUGGUUCAUGAUCCAUUAACAAAAUUACAAUGCUGUCCAACAUCAGAUGGUAGUGCAGCUGCAAUCAUUGUUAGUGAAAGUUAUAUUGAAAAACAUCCUGAAGUACGAAAAACUGCUGUUGAAAUACUUGCUAUUGAAAUGGCAACUGAUAUGGCAUCAACAUUUGAUUCAAAUGAUUGUAUGCGAAUUGUCGGUUAUGAUAUGAGUAAAAAAGCUGCUGACAAAGCUUAUGCUAAAGCUGGUGUCAAACCAAGCGAUGUACAAGUAGUCGAAUUACAUGAUUGUUUUUCUGCUAAUGAACUUAUUACAUAUGAAGCUCUUGGUCUUUGCGGAGAAGGAAAAGCUGGAGAAUAUGUCGAACGAGGUGAUAAUACCUAUGGUGGAAAAUGUGUUGUUAAUCCAAGUGGUGGUUUAAUUUCUAAAGGUCAUCCAUUGGGUGCUACAGGUUUAGCACAAUGUGCUGAACUUUGUUGGCAAUUACGUAAUCAAGCUGAUAAACGACAAGUUAAAAAUGCUCGUAUUGCACUUCAACAUAAUAUUGGUUUAGGUGGUGCAUGUGUUGUUGGUAUCUAUCGCCUUGCCGCAUUCAAUAAACCACGUGUAGAUUCCAAACUGUGA